UAUUUCCAGAAAGGAUUUAGUACCCAGUGGCAAAUAGAAGACUGCUCUACGUUCACCAGUACAGCACCCCCUGGGCCUCCUGCUGCCAGUAUAGCUUCUUUCAAAGAAGAAAGCCAUGGAGAGGUGAGCCCCUCCCCAACACCAUCCAGUGAGUGGGAAGAGACCCCACUCAUCUUUACUGUCAGGCAAAACAUGAACAUGGGAGCCAGAGGCACACCCAAACGGACCUGGGAUUCCGAAAGCCGGCUCCCAGGCGCGCCCGGAAAUCCAGUCCGAAUAGGCGCAGUUGCCAUGGCACCUAAGAUGCUCCGCAAGCAUCCUCAUCCUACCCCCGCCCCGGGAAAGCGGGCCGGGACAGACGCCUCCUUCCACCGCAGUCUGGCAGAAGCGCCCCUUCCUGGAUUUGCUAGUACUCCUACCCAUCUCCCCUCCAAGAGGUUAAUCAAGGUUUGGUCCUUCCCCACUCCCGCCGUACGCGUUUCCAUACUGUUUGUUCACAGGCCCCUCCUAGGCCGGGGGUGAAUGCUCACUUACGCUGACCGCUGCGAGGGAAUUGUUCGACUGUACCCUUUGGAUGGAAAUCACUAUGGGCAGCCCACACAUAAGAAUGGGAACGUACAGUCCACUCUUUCAGGACUUUCCACUAAAAUAAUUAUUCCUGAAGCUUGUAGAUGAAAUAACCAUAGAAACAAGUUUCUUCUUUUCUGGAUGAUCAGCAACAGGAAAAUGGAAUGUAGGAGAUGCUGGUAAAAAUAUGGAAUUUAAGGAUUGAAAUCCAAUUGAACUUGGGCUUCCUGCUUCAUCCUGCACCUGCCUUCUUGAAAGAAAACAAGACAUCAGAUACUUACUCAAAUAAUGGAAUAGCUGAUCAACUAGGUUUCCACACAAUACUGGCACAGUGUUGGUGAAUUGACUGGAACCAGAUGUCCUUCCUUCCUGGAAGGGAUGAUGUCUUAUUGGAGCCUGGAAAGUUAUCCA